CUUAAAGAGACGUCCCCAGGUCCCUGCCCAGGCCCUGCCGACGGAUCUCCCCACCAUGGCUGAGACCGCCAAGCUCCAGCUGUUUGUCAAGGCAAGCGAGGACGGCGAGAGCGUGGGUCACUGCCCCUCUUGUCAGAGGCUCUUCAUGGUCCUGCUUCUCAAGGGCGUGCCCUUCACGCUCACCACUGUGGACACCCGCAGGUCCCCAGAUGUGCUGAAGGACUUCGCCCCGGGCUCGCAGCUGCCCAUCCUGCUCUAUGACGGCGACGCCAAAACGGACACAUUGCAGAUCGAGGAGUUUCUGGAGGAGACGCUGGGCCCCCCAGAAUUCCCCAGCCUGGCGCCCAGAUACAGACAGUCCACCGGGGCGGGUAACGACGUCUUUCACAAAUUCUCCGCCUUCAUCAAAAACCCAGCGCCCGCGCAGGAUGAGGCCCUGUACCAGCAGCUGCUGCGCGCCCUCGCCAAGCUGGACAGCUACCUGCGCGCGCCCCUGGAGCACGAGCUGGUGCGGGAGCCGCAGCUGCGCGAGUCACGCCGCCGCUUUCUGGACGGGGACCAGCUCACGCUGGCCGACUGCGGCCUGCUGCCCAAGCUGCACAUCGUGAACACGGUGUGCGCACACUUCCGCCAGGCGCCCAUCCCCGCCGAGCUGUGCGGCGUCCGCCGCUACCUGGACAGCGCCCUGCAGGAGAAGGAGUUCAAGUACACGUGUCCGCACAGCGCGGAGAUCCUGGCGGCCUACCGGCCCGCCGUGCGUCCCCGCUAGCGCCCCCACCUCCCCCGCCACCCGCCCACUCAUCUGCAGCCCCAUAAAGGCAUCUGCCUCAGUGAGCGUGUACGGACAUUCGAGGGACCAGAGGCCCUCGCAAUUUCUGCCACCCCCAAACUCCCACCAUGAGACGCUCAGCUCCAGGUGAUGGCCUGGAAAGACCGGCAGAGAGCCUGGUGGGUGGGGUGCGGUCCAUCCCCCUAAUCUUCAGGGAUGGAGGGACUGGAUUGGGCUCCCAAACCAGUCAGGCCAGGGCGGGGCGGCAGGAUGGUUGGGGAGGGUGGGGUGCAGAGUCCCAUCUGCGCAACGCAGGGGCUCGAGGCCAGAGGGCGGGCCUGCAUUCCGCAGCUCUGCCCCAGGAGGCAGGCAGGCCACCCCCAACUUAUCGUGUGGGGUCUCCAUCAGUGAGGCGUGUGCCCAGUGGGCGGGAACAGAAUUCAAGCCUCUGAGAGCCCCAGCCCUGCCUUGCACAGCCCUCUCAGCUCCUGGGCUGGCCGGGCAGGGGCAGCUGGGUCAGGAGAGCUGGGCAGCUGUGCCAGGGAGCACACAGCCUGACGUGGCCCCACACCCAGACAGCAGGCCCGGGAAUCCCCAGCCCUCUCUCAGAGCAGCCCCCAGGAGCCAGAGCCUGGCCGUGACCUCCACCAGAUGAAGAUGUUUAUUUGACGGGGAAGGGGCUGGUGGAGCAGGCUUGCUCCUGCCAGGCAGCAGGAUGGACACGGGCCGGUGGAAGGGUCCCAGGGGCUGCCCCUCCCCUCGCAGGCGGACUCCUGACAGCCACACUUUUUGCUGCACCUUCAGGGGUCAUCAAAGUCUACACCACCAGCUGGCUUCUUACUAGGAGAGAAGAGGGGAUGACACUUUGAGGAUGUGGAGCAAUGGGUGGGGUCCAGGGCUGGACCCUGGGUACAGGAGGGAGGGGGAGUGGGUGGGCACCUCUUGAAGCCAGGGUUGAUGAGAGACUCUCCAGGACACCGCCUCUUGACCCCAGGUCCAGGGCCACCUCUCUGAGGAUCCAGGUCUGGGGGAAACAGGAUGAGGGAGGGGGGCUCCUGAUUCCAGCAGGAACCCAGGGCCACACCCCACUCUCCACACAGACAGAUCCUCUCUCUGGAGCUUGAGGCCUGUUCUGGGGAAACUGAGUCACAGAGGUGCGAGCCAGCCCCAACCCAAGUCAUAGGUGACAGGCCUUACCUGGUAAGAAGAGCUGAGGCCCCACCUGCCGGGAGCUCUUCCUGGGGCUGGCAGCUGUCUGCUCCACAGCAGCUGGGGAGAAAGCAGGAAUGGAGGCCCAGGCAGGGGUUCCCUAGGGAGGGUGUGAGGUUCCCCCCACCCCCACCCUACCUGCCAGCUGCCGUUCCAAGCUGCACACGCGCUCUGCCAGGCCCAGCGUUAGUGCCUGCAACCUGGAGGCUGCCUCCGGGCCUGGCACCUUGGAGAGGCCAAAUUCCAGCGCCGAGGGCCCCCCUGAAAGGGUCAGGGAUGCUCUGUCCUCCUGCAGGGUGAGAGUCACAGCUUGCCGCUCACAGGCUGCCCUGGGAAGGGACGGGGGCUGAGUGCUGCGACCAGACCACUCGCUCCGCGUCCACCCUGCCUCCCUGCUCAGGAGCUCACCUGAACAGGGGGGUGAUGUCUUCAGCCGCACUCAGGCCAAAACGAGCUUUCUACAGGGCACAGGGACUGGUCACCGGGUGCCGGAGGCCCUGGGACUGCUGGGGACCCCCCAAAGCUGCCCGACCCGGAGCCGCCCGGGGCCCAGCUUCGGACUCCGGCUGCAGCGCGGCGGGGAGGGCGCCCGAGCGGUGCGCGCUGCAGGCGCGGGGGGCCGGGGUGGGGGACCGUUACGCACGAGGGCCGCCAGGCUGCGCGGCGUGAAGCAGGUGCUCCAGAGCCCCGCGGCGUCCGUGACACUGCGGGGGAGGGGCGGUCAGGCGGCGCCCGGCCCCGCCCGCCCCGCGCGCCCCGCGCGCCCGCUACUCACUAGAGGUUGAAGCCACCGCGUCCCCCGGCCGCACGCCCCUCCCCCUCGCAGUAGCACACGAAGCGCGCGGCCCCGGGGCCCGGCGGCAGCGUGCAGAGCGGCGGCGGCGACGGCUCCAUGGCCCCUCGGCGGCUGGGGCCCCGGCCGCCGGGGCUGUGGGCCCAGGGCGCCUGCGCGGGCGGGAGGCUUCCGGGCGGGGGCGGGGCCGGCGCCGGGGGGCGGGGCUCCGCGCUUGGGGCGGGGCUUGCCGGGGCGAGGGCUGUGCCGCGCGGCGGGGUCCUCGGGGCCUCUUGGAGCUUUACGCCCUGCGCUGUCCCCGCUGGGUCCGGUGUCCCCUCUUCUCGCAAACCCUGACCGGGCGCCGGCCCCGGCCGGCCACCGCUCUGGCCUCAGACUGCUCUGACCCCCUCGCCGGUCCCUGCGGCCUCCCCCCGGCCUCCGCACCCAGCUUCCUGGGGGCCCACUGAACAAGCCAGAACGCAGAAGUGAGUAAAGCGUGGUGACCGGUGCAGCAGGCUCUGCCACUCGUGCCUCCGUUCCGCUGCGCCGACCCCGCACCUCUUCUUUGCCCCGCGCUGUCCCAGGCCUUGGGCACACCUUGAUCAGCACACAGGGUCUCAUCUCCUGCAGCUUGUGAGAGCUCCUGGGAUGCAGAUAUAAGCCAAUGAAACGUGAAAUCCUCAGGCCUUGCCAAGUGCCUGUGACCUGCAAGGAGAGGGGGCUGGAGCACGCCAGGAAAGGGUGUGCCAGGCGGCCGGGGCAGCCCCUGCAGAAGCCCCGCAGUGGACACGGAACAGUUCUGCUCAGGGCUUUGCAAGAAGGCCAGGGUGACCGCACUGAGGUGUAGGAGGGUGGCAGGUGGGUUUGUAGGCUGUGCUAAUAUAUUCCAAGUAUGUCUGGAGCCAAGCCUGCCUCAUCGCCUCCUUUCUCCUAUUUCACAACCCUCACACCCGUCCCCACGAGGCCCCUGCCUCUGACUGCUGUACACGCUGUGUAUCUGCUCUAACCAUUAAAAAAUAAGGAGGGACCUGCCUGGUGGCACAGUGGUUAAGAAUCCACCUGUCAAUGCAGAGGACACGGGUUCGAUCCCUGGUCCAGGAAGACCCCACAUGCCCCAGAGCAACUAAGUCUCUGCGCCACAACUACUGAGCCUGCGCUCUAGAGCACCACAGGCCACAGCUACUGAGCCUGAUGCAACAACUACUGAAACCCACGCACCUAUAGCCCACGCUCCACAAGAGAAGCCACCGCAAUGAGAAGCCCACGCAUCGCAAGGAAGAGUAGUCCCCACUCGCCACAACUAGAGAGAGCCUGCAUGCAGCAGCGAAGACCCAACACAGCCAAAAAUAAAUAAAUAAAUAAUAAAUCUUAAAAAAAGAAUAAGGAGGAGGAGAAAAAUGCAUUACCUAACUGCUUAGAAUGUCCACGUUGAAUACAGGGGUAAACGCCGCCUGCCGCCCCCCUCCCACCCCCGCCCCUGCAACACCAGUGCCACUGUUCCUUUGACUGUGAGAUUCCUUUCCCAGACACCAAGGUCAUGCUGACUUGCUGUGUACCUGCUGUAGCCCGAGUAACACAAUUCAAGUGCUUCUCAAAUCCGGGUCUCCUGCCUGGCAGUCCUCAGUUUAGCUCAAAUAAAACUUUCCUAUUCGUA